CCGUGCACAGUCGUGGCGAGGGCGCGGACCUGGACACUCUAAGAACACUUUCUUCAUGGUUAUGGACAUAGAAGACGUACCUAAUGAUGUGUCCGUGACGUUACAGGAUGCUGCGGGACAUUUGCAAAAGUGAAGCAUGGUGACGGAGCGUAGGCCCUUCCGGGCCCAACGGGACUCGGAUGAGGUUGUCGUGCACGUGAACGUGGGCGGGCUGAGGCGUAACGUUUGCUGCAGCGCCCUGAAGAACUUUCCGGACACCAGACUGGGAAAACUUCUAGAAUGUGACUCGGAAGAGGACAUCCUGCAGGUGUGUGACGACUACGACGGGCAGCAGAAGGAAUUUUACUUCGACAGGAAUCCUGGUUUGUUCCCAUACGUGCUCAACUUCUACCAGACGGGAAAACUUCACAUCAUGGAGGAUUUGUGCGUCUUCUCCUUCAGCCAGGAGAUGGAGUACUGGGGAAUCAGCGAGUUCUUCCUGGACAGCUGUUGCAGCUUUCGUUUCCACGACCGCAAGCUGGAGAGCAGCCGCCAUCGCAGCUGGGACGACGACAGCGACGUCAGCAGCAUUGACACCUUGCCGGAUGAGAUUUCCGACCUAAAAAAGGACAUGCAGCACUUCCAGGAGGUGCGCUGCGGGAACGUCCGCAGGUGUUUGUGGCUCACGCUGGAAAACCCGGGAUACUCGGUUCCGAGCAAGCUCUUCAGUCUGCUCUCCAUCAGCGUGGUGCUCACGUCCAUCACCAUCAUGUGUAUCAACAGCAUUCCGGAAUAUCAGACGUUUGACUCUGAAGGGAAGCUGAUGGACGAUCCCACGAUGCACGCGCUGGAGCUGCUGUGCACGUGCUGGUUCACCAUGGAGGUGGUGAUGCGCCUCCUGCUGGCACCAAACAGGAAGAGGUUCUUCCAACAUCCUCUGAACAUCAUCGACUUGUCGUCCAUCUUCCCCGUCUACGUCACGCUGGUCUGCGACAUCGCGCUGGGCGCACAGUCAGAACUGGGAGACCUGGGACGCGUCAUCCAGGUCCUCAGGCUGAUGAGGAUCUUCAGGGUGCUGAAGCUGGCGCGACAUUCCACUGGACUUCGCUCGCUGGGGGCCACCCUACGGCACAGUUACCGUGAGGUGGGCAUUCUGCUGCUCUACUUGGCUGUGGGAGUGUCCGUCUUCUCUGGAAUGGCGUACACCGCCGAGUACGAGGAGGACGUGGGUCUGGACACCAUCCCGUCGUGCUGGUGGUGGGGAACGGUCACCAUGACCACAGUGGGCUACGGGGACGUGGUGCCCGUGACGGUGGCGGGUAAACUGGCGGCCAGCGGCUGCAUUCUGGGCGGCACCCUGGUAGUGGCGCUUCCCAUCACCAUCAUCUUCAACAAGUUCUCGCACUUCUACGGGCGUCAGAAGGCGCUGGAAGCUUCCGUGCGCAACAGCAGCAGCCGCAGGAAGACAACGAGCUGCGAGGACAAGUCGGACUGGGAGGUGGCGGCGUUGGAAGGUGACAAUGUGGAGAAUAGGGAUGGCGGCGGCGGUGUCAUCAACUACAGCUACGUCGAGGUGGAGUCACGUCAGCUGUGACAGGACGAUGAUUUUAUGUGACCUCAGCAUGAUGAUGACCAAAGAAA